CAGCUUGCUUGCGUCGUAUCAAUAUGGCACAAAGAACAGCUUUAACCGCACAUGCGCAGAUAGAUACUCGCUAUUAUCAACACGCGGAGGAAUUCAAUUGAAUUUCAUACUCUUUUUCACACUAAAUGCAAAUGCCAAAUAUAAUGCUCCACCAAAGCCCUGAACUAAAACUAUCGUUAGAGAAAUCGAUGGAGGCUGAACACGCAAAACGUUCGUUGGCUUUCUUUGACUUGGAAACAACUGGACUUGGUCAUGCGUGUGAAAUAGUCCAGUUAGCAGCCGUGAGCGGAUGUAACUCCAUCAACUUGUACACCGUGCCCAGGUGUCGAAUGCAGAGCCGUGCGGCCAAAGUAACCGGUUUCAGGGUCCGCAGACACAGAUUGUUCCUCAAUCGCCAACCAGUGCUCACAAAUUCUCUAAAGGAUGUAGUCCUGUCAUUUAUGGCCUUUCUCCGCAUGCUUGGACGUCCUAUACUUAUUGGGCACAAUAUUCGCCGCUUUGAUUGCCCGGUACUUCUCAGGGCACUGGACGAACUCGACCUCAGAGUUGAAUUCCAGUCGAUAAUUACCGGGUGCUUAGACACUCUUCCACUUGCAAGGGACAUUUGCAAGGACAAUGGUUACAAGAGUUUUAGACAAGAAAACCUGGUUCGGGAGCUUUUGGGUGUGGACUACGACGCACACAAUGCACUAGAAGACGUUCGGUCAUUGCAAGCACUUUACUGGGCGCUUCAGCCUACAUCGCAACUGAUAAGUAGACAUUUCUUCACACUGGAGACCAUAGUCAAACCCAAGCAUCCAGUUUCAAACCCAGUGGCAGCGGACUUAUAUCCAGAAAUAGUUCCCUCUGUUUUGAGCACUUGAGACGGGUAGCAACCUAUAGGAGCCCGGGACAAUUAUUUGUUGUAAAGCUUUGUCCGUCUCACUAACAUUUCCACAAAAAAGUGGAUAC